UGAGGCUUUUAACACAUGAUGGAGAUCUAUUUACUUUCAUUCAUCUUAGCAACUAUCCUCAUCGUACCUUUCGCACUCAGAUCUUUUUCCCCUGUACUCUGGGCGGAUGUUGUGUAUUUCAGGGAUCUGUUGCGGAUCUUGGUGACGUUUGUUUCGAGGCGAAGAAGGAGACCCCUCUUCUUUGUUUUGGACCGUUUCUUGGAGCAGACCGCCGCGAGUCCGGACAAGCCGUUCAUUGUGUUUGAAAACGAGGGCUACACGUACUCUCACGCGGACAAGAGGAGCAACAAGACGGCCAACGCGCUGCGGUCCCACCCGGGGUACACAGCCGGGGACACCGUGGCGCUUUUCAUGGGGAAUGAACCCGCCUUCAUGUUUACCUGGCUGGCUCUGGCUAAAUUAGGCUCUCCGGUGGCUCUGCUCAAUCAUAACAUCCGCACCAAGUCUCUGCUGCACUGCUUCAACUGCUGCAGGGCCAAAGUGCUGAUAGCUGCCUCAGAGCUAAAGGAAUCGGUGGAGGACGUCCUGCCCUCGCUCAUCGAGCAGGGCGUCACCGUCCUCCUGAUGACCGAACACUGCAACACACCUGGAAUUGAGAGUUUCUCCGACAAAGUGGACGAGGCCCCGGACUCCCCGCUCCCUCGAUCUCUCAGAUCGCACAUCACAUUCAAAAGCCCCGCCGUUUACAUCUACACCUCAGGAACUACAGGUCUCCCGAAGGCGGCUGUGGUCAACCAGAACCGCCUCUUAACAGCUCUGGCUGUUCUGUCAUCAAACGGAGUCACGCCGAGUGAUGUCGUCUACCUCAACCUGCCUCUGUACCACACAGCUGGAUUUAUUAUAGGCUUUAUCGGCUCCAUUGAGACAGGCUCAACGAUCAUUCUGAAGAGGAAGUUUUCGGCCUCUCAGUUCUGGGACGACUGCAGGAGAAACAGCGUGACCGUCGUGCAGUACAUCGGAGAGGUGAUGCGCUAUCUCUGCAGCACGCCCAAGCGAGACAAUGACAAGGAUCAUAAAGUAAGACUGGCCAUUGGCAACGGCGUGAGAGCAGAGAUAUGGCGAGAGUUUCUCAGUCGCUUCGGGAACAUCGAGGUCCGAGAGUUUUACGCCUCCACUGAGGGAAAUGUGGGAUUUGUCAACUACGCGGGGAAAAUUGGAGCUAUCGGACGGGUCAACUUCUUGCAUCGGAAGCUGUUUCCCUACACUCUGAUCCAGUACGACACAGAGCGGGACGAACCGAUUCGAGGUGCUAACGGCCUCUGUGUGGAGUCGCCCAAAGGUGAGACGGGACUGCUGGUGUCGAAGAUCACGGACAUCGCUCCGUUUGUCGGUUACGCCCAGAAUGAAGACCAAACAGAGAGGAAGAGACUUCGCAAUGUUCUCAAGAAGGGAGAUCUUUACUUCAACAGCGGAGACCUGAUGAGGGUCGACCAAGACAACUUCAUUUACUUUCAGGAUCGUGUAGGCGACACAUUCAGGUGGAAAGGAGAGAAUGUGGCCACAACCGAGGUGUCCGACAUCCUGACGAUCAGCGGUUGUCUCAAAGAAGCCAACGUUUAUGGAGUCCAAGUGCCAGGGCAUGAGGGCCGGAUAGGGAUGGCAGCUGUCACUGUGAAGGAAGGUGCUCAGUUUGAUGGAAGUAAAAUAUAUAACCAUGUGGUGAGCUACCUGCCCUCAUACGCCCGACCUCGCUUUGUAAGGAUACAGAAUGCCGUGGAGGUGACGGGGACCUUCAAGCAGAUGAAGGUGAAGUUAGUGGAGGAGGGCUUUGAUCCAGGACGUGUCCGGGACCCUCUUUACAUCCUUGAUGAUCAUGAGAAGAGUUACGUGCCGCUGACGGCUCAGGUCUACAGCUCCAUCGUAUCGGGAAACAUCAAACUCUGAGUCUGCGGUCUCUAACUGUGCGGCUGCGUUGGUACUUUGAAAAUGAAUCUCCUGCUCUAGUGCUGAUAUUGAAGCAUGAACACCUCAGAAUCAGAAGUGUUGGAUUCAUAUCAGGAGCUGGAGUCAGCCUGCAGGAGGAAGAGGGAGUUUGAUAAUGUUAAUAUUUACUGGAAAGUAAUAACCUAAAUUUCAUAUUUACUAACAUAAUGACUGCAUUCCAGUGUGAGGACUGCUGAUUUUACUUUAUUUAGUUAUUGAUAAUGGUGUUGAGAAGUGUUCACAGAGCUCUGUGCUUUUAGGUAAGAGGUGAGCAGCAUGUAAUGGUUUAAGAGAUUAAAAGAAUUUGU